CUAUUUGUUAUAGUUGCACCAGACAGCACCACCAAACAAUGGCUAGAGCCACUCCUAUCUCCUCCUCCUUCCGCCAUCUCAAAAACCUCUCUAAUUCUUCCCCUCCCCUACACGUCACCUUCCGCCGUCCAAAAACUAGCUGCGCCACCACGAUGUCGGACGACAAAGUUCCUCAUCCAUCACUGGAAGUCAUAGCCGGAGCUGGAGACAAGUUUCUAUCUGCUUUUAAAUCCCUUCAUAAUCCAUACAGUUCUUAUCCCAUCGUCGAUGGGAAUCUCCAUAUAGAAGCUAUUUUUGCAGCUUUCUUUAGGUCAGUUCGUCUCCGGCGAGAGUGUUUGCGGACUAAGGAUGAUGGCUCCGUCGCUCUCGAUUGGGUAUCCGGCGACGAUCGUAGCUUACCUUCCGACUCCCCGCUGCUCAUUUUGCUUGUGGGUCUUCUUUCUAUUGCUUCAUUAUUGAUAUAGACUAAUAAUUUUUGGCAAUUUUCAGAAUGGCAUACACAUUGGCUUUGAAUUUUGGAUUGUAAAAGUAAGGGUGUGUGUAUAGAAUGGAACUGUUCUGAUGAGAGUAAUUGCAACCAGGGCUGACUGGGGGAAGCAAUGAUUCGUACGUGAGGCAUACGCUACUGAGAGCUAGAAGUACGGGUUGGAGAGUUGUGGUGCUCAAUAGUAGAAAAGUGGAG